AUGAAAGAUAAGAAUAAUAACAACAACAACAAUAAUAAUAAUAAUAAUAAUAAUAAUAAUGGAUAUGUUAAUCCUUGGACAAGCAUUUCCUCAACUUCUUCAACCUCUUUAAAUGACUUGAAUAAUAAUAAUAAUAAUAACAAUAAUGGUAAUUAUGGAUUGUCGUCGUCGUCGUCGUCGUCAACAUCUAUAGGUAGUAUACCAAUACCUAUUAUAACGACGACUAGUGUUACAACAUCGACUAGUCCCUCAUCAAAUGGAGCAGCUAUAACGUCGAUAUCAUUAAACAGUAAUAAGGUACAGAGAAGUGGUAGUAAUAGUAAUCUUGGUGCUGCGUCAGUACCUACAGGCAACAACACCUCUUCUUCUUCUUCUCUGCAAACACUACAAACACCUACAACACCAACCAACAGUUUGAAAAAGAAACAUUCCUUUUCUUCACCAUCACCUUCAUCGCCAACCUUUUCAACCAUAUCAAACAAGAUUAUGAAUAUAUUUUCAUCGUCAUCCAACAACAACAAUGGCAAUGCAUCAACCUCUCCUACAUCUCCGAGAUACAAUAAACACCAUAACAAUCACAGCAGUAGCAGUAGCAGUUGUCACAACAACCACAAUCACAAAGAUACCGCUGCAUUGGAAGAAAUGGCUAGACAAAUGAAAAUACUUGGUCUCUCUCCAAAUGGUGCUGCCAAUGACCUCUAUAGCUCACCCUUUGACUUUUUGGCUCUACCAAGCGAAAUCCGAAUGCACAUUCUUUCUUUUUCCGAUGCUAAAGAUUUAUCUCGAUCAACAUGUGUCUCUAGGAUUUGGCAGGAAAUGGCCGAAGACGAACAAAUAUGGUUGAGUCUCAGUAAACGAGAGUUUGGUGAUUCCUUAAAAAUGGAAACUACAUGGAAAUUUACAGUGAUUAAAAAUACGGUACAUUUAAGAACAUUUGCAGAAGAUGAUUUGGAAGGAAAACUGUUGUGGGCAUGCGAGAAUGGACAUCAUCAAUUAUUGCAACGAGUGUUUGACAGCAAGAGAAUCACGUGUCCAAAUAACCCAGCCACUUGCAUGUGUGGCAGCUGUGUUGCCAACAGACCAACCUAUUUGAAUUUAAAUGAUGAUGGUACUAACCCCCCAUUGUCGUCGUCAUCGACCCCAUCAUCUCAACAACAACAACAGACAUCAUUAAACUCUUCACAACAAAUGUCAUCUCCAAACAAUAAUAAUCAAAACACUGAUGAUUUGGAUAUGGAAGAGAUUGAUGUUGGACCAUCUCCAUCGGGUGGAUCCAGUCCUAAAAUCAACGAUACUACAGGACUGUCGCUGCGAAAGAGAAACAAGUUUUUAUUAAAGGCGUCGUACAAGGGACACCGAACCGUCGUAGAAUGUUUGUUGAAAAAUGGAGCCGAGGUGGAAGCUGUCACGAGAAGUGGAUUCACCGCACUGCAUAUGGCCUGUGGUAAGGGACAUGUAGGCGUUGCAGAGUGUCUUCUCACCUACAAUGCACGCAUCGAAUACAAAAAUAAGAAUGGGUCGACCCCCUUGCACACUGCCGCUCAAAAGGGACAUGUUGGCGUAGUCGAGCUAUUAAUCCAACAUGGAGCCAAUAUUGAGGCAACUAAUCUCAACGGUGUCACCCCACUAAACUCUGCCGCGCACAAUGGUCACACCGAAGUGGUUGAAUGUUUACUUCAACGUGGUGCAAACAUGGAAGCUACCAAUAAAAAUGGUAUCACUCCUUUAUAUUCUGCUGCUCAUAGAGGUCAUUAUAAAGUAGUAGAAUGUUUAUUAAGACAUAAUGCAAACAUUGAAGGAACCACCAAGAAUCAUGGAGCAACCCCUUUGUAUAUUUCAGCUCAAGAAGGGUAUACUGAUAUUGUUAAUUUGUUACUCCAUCACAAUGCCAAUGUAGAGGCAAAGAUUAGAUCCGGCAUGAGAAGCGGUGCAACUCCACUCUAUACUGCUUCACAUAGAGGACAUGUAAAAAUUGUAGAAUUGUUAUUAAAAAGAAACGCAAAUACUCAAGUAACUGAUAGAAAUGGUUUCACUCCUCUUCAUAAAGCUUCUUAUGAAGGUCAUCUUUGUGUUGUUGAAUGCUUAUUAAAAAAUAAAGCAGAUGUUUUUGCUAGAUCAAGAGAAGACCCACCUCGAACACCAAAUGAUAUUGCACAUAAAAGCGUUAAAAAGAUAUUAAAAGCUCAUAUUGCAUCACUCAAUAUACAAAAUGAAUCCUCUCAUCAUACCAAUACCCCUCCAGUUAAUCAUAGUGGAUGUAAAUUAAUAACAUCAACAUCAACCAUCAACUAUCAACACCAACAACAUUGGAAUUAA